AUGGCGACGAACGAAGCAGCAGCAACAUCAGCUCCUCCAACCCCUGCAAACAUCAUCACCGCCCUGACUAGUGCCUUUAAAAGCCAAAAUGGCGAGGCAGCAUCGAGCACGCGCAUAGCCCAGCUCCUCGAGCAGAAUAUGGGCCAGCUUGGAGAGCUCAUGCGGCAGGGCAAGCUCACUGCCGUGCAGAUCCAGCAGGUCCGUCGGCUUUUAAACCAACUGAAAGAUUACGCUGAAAAACACAAGUCCGCGACCAGUGCUGCUUCGGGAAGUGUGGCCGGCACUUCGACUGCAAAUGGCGGUACAAAGACUGCUGCAACAACUGCCACCGCCUUUAAAAGCGGGUCGCCAGCUCCUGUACUUACAUCCACACCUGGUGACGGUUACCCCAUUAGCCAGACUCUCAACACCACCAAUCCAGGGCCCGUUCAGUGGGCAGCUGCGCAGCAAGGAAGGCCAACUCUUACAGGCGGAAUGACCAGUGGCAGAGUGUCGGGCACCCCAGCUCAGAUCGCACGAUCAACGGACGACGCUGGUAUGCUCAGCUUAGAGGACAACCAUUCACGAAGAAAGAAUACCCCAGGAGAUCAGAGCAUGAGACGAUCAAUACAAGACCUCGUCUCAAGUGUCGAUCCCAAUGUACGGAUUGAACCUGAGGUGGAGGAUUUACUGCUUCAAAUCGCCGACGAGUUCAUCGACUCGGUCACGAACUUUGGCUGUCGACUAGCAAAACAUCGCGGCGGCGACACGCUUGAAGUCAAAGACCUUCAGCUUCACCUUGAACGCAACCACAAUAUCCGUAUUCCAGGAUUUGCAUCGGAUGACACACGAAUAGCCUUAUCUCAGGCUGCUGUAGCACCUUCCGUGCCUACUGCGGCAACAAAGAAAGCAGCCCAGGGCACGUCCAUGACUUUGCGCAGCCACCGCUUGGCGCAGGUGCAACAAGCAAAGAGGGAGAGCAAGCUCGCAUAG